GUGGUUCCUUUUAGCUUUUACUUCCUGUUGCAUUCCUUCAGGAUUAUUAGGGUUGUUUGGCUUUCACUUCUCUUAAGCUGUCAAGAUGUGCAGCCACUUAACAUUUUUGAACACUUUAAAAAAAAAACUAGGCCUCCAUUUCUUUUUGUCCGACAGGGAGGUGCAUUAGUGAACAUGUUAAUACCUGUGUGUGUAUGUGGGAGUAGUGAUGGCGUAGUGGACUAAAGCACAUAACUGGUAAAGGUUGCUGGUUCGAUCCCCACAGCCACCACCAUUGUGUCCUUGAGCAAGGCACUUAACUCCAGGUUGCUCUGGGGGAUUGUCCCUGUAAUAAGUGCACUGUAAGUCGCUUUGGAUAAAAGCGUCUGCCAAAUGCAUAAAUGUAAAUGUACGUGUGUAUUCAGACCAUAUUCAGGAGGCGUUCCAGUACAUAUCACACCAUUUGAGGUCAGUGUCUCCGCCUUCUGAUUUGCAUUCAGAGGAAGGAAAGAUCUCCCAUAGGAACUAAACCGCAGAGACUGGAGAGGACAAAACUUUGCUUGCCCCAAGUGUUUGUUUUUAAUGUACUUUUGUCUGGACUCAUUCAGAUUUUAUUUAUUACUUGUGGGGAAACUGUCAGACUGAAGAAAUAUGGCUUGAGGCCAGUUUUGUGGGCCUUUCUCAUUUUGGAGGAGUAUUUUGACUAUGAAUAGAUCUUUGAGUGUACGAUUAUCUAGAAGACACGGUGAUCAUCUGUACAGUUAUGCAGUGGAAGCAGGUGAGCUUUCCGGAAAGGUGAAGAAGGGGAGGAUGAAAACGAAGUUUGGAAGCAGGAAAGCUUUCAGUUUAGAGGAAAACCAGCUUGAGCAACAGCAGGGCAAGAGCCUGAGCCGGCAGGUCCUGCCCAGGUCUCAUACUCUUGAUGUCGACAGACCUUUGGAAAGAAAUGAGAGCAUCAACUCUAGAAGUAGUUUUAUAAAGCACAACAAAACAUUCCACAAACUCUUCCCAGAAAUCCUAGAAAGUGAGGACUUACUACAUGCCUACAUCUGUGCCCUGCAAAAGGAGGUGCCUUAUCACGGUCGUCUAUACAUCACCGACAAUAACAUCUGCUUCUAUUCCUCUGUGCUGCUAAAGGACACCAAGGUGAUUAUUCCUGUGUCCAAUGUAAAUAUUCUGAAGAAGCAGAACACUGCGCUGCUGGUGCCGAACGCCAUUUCUAUCCGAACCACUGAAGGAGAAAAGUAUUUAUUUGUGUCCUUACGGAAUAGAGAAGGAUGCUACAAGCUACUACAAUCAGUUUGCCCUCACAUCAAGGAGGGAAGUGCCAACAGCAGUCCCCUCUUCUCAUCGGCCGAGAACAGCUUCGAUCAAGGCAAAUUGGUGAACUCCAGUCAGUCCAGUCUUGAUGACUCUUAUGAGGUGGAUGGAGGACGUGUCACUCCCCAGUUGGAGCUUUUUGCAUCUAGACUAACAAAAGAAAGUAGUGCUAUCGAAACCCAUUCCACUAUAAGGAGCGCUUUACUAGAGCAAGACGAAAGCUCCACCGAAGAAUACACAGGAAGUUCAUGGGUUUGGAAUGUGAUGGACAGGGCUCGAUCUCUCCUCAUCCAAAGAGAAGUUAGCAACCUCAACACACUUCUCCUUAUCUACCUGAUUCUGGUGUUUCUCCUCCUGUUAUCUUCUGGCUAUAUCGGCAUGCGAAUCGUGGCCUUAGAAGAACAGCUGACGUCACUAGGAGCCCUACCUGAAUUUACCCUACAGAGCGGGUACAAAGAAACAUAGCCCAACUCCACCGAAGAGAUUUCAUCCAUCUAGUCUUGGGAAAGUUUGGCUAUUGUGAAAACUACCAAAAACUAAUCACUUUAGAUCUCUUGUUCUUGAAGAUCCCCUAUCUGAGAGUGCUGGGAAGGAACUUUAUUUGGAUAUUCACCUGCUCCCCAGUACUAAAUCAUGACCGACUUUGUUUCAAGAUAAGAGUAUAUGCUUGGGGGAUGCUGAUAGUUUUGACGAGACACAGUCAUGUCUUCAUUUGUGAUUUGCAUAAAGCCAUCGGUAUUUACAGUAGCACUACAGCGAUCCACCCUGAAGAACCAAAGAAAACCAGUUUGUUUCUGAAUAGUGUCGAAAAAUCAGCAAAGAAGCCAAACAGUUCUGCUGUGGGAAAGAAUUUCACCUGUUUUUAUGUUUGAUAUUUGACCUGAAAUCAAAGGUUUCAUUUCGACCAAGCUUGACACUACUGUUGUACGUGUUGGAGCUUUUACGACCAUCAAAUCAGUCACUGUAGUGUAACAAAUCACUUUGUCCCAUUUGGGGCCCCCCCUCCCAAAUUUAACAUUUGUUUGCUUCAUCUGUGGUAGGCGCAUCUUUCGGACAUCCAAAUUUUCCUUUUGUGAAGGUUGUUUUUCAUUCUUCCUAGAUUGUUUCUUCGGGGUUGCGAUAUUGAAUCAGGUUUGGCACGAUAUUAAAAAAAAAAAGAGCUACCUAAGUACCAAUGUAUGUAUACGGCUAUGCACAACAAAUUGCUCGAAUCAGGUAUUUAAAGACUUUUUUUGUACGUUUUUUUUGUUUGUUUGUUUUCCCGUCUUUUAUACUUUUGGAAGAUGAAGUAGUCCGUAAUGCUAGUCUCUUCCUAAUCCAAACUGUUAAACACUUAAAAAAUGAAGGAGAUAAAAUAUUGUAUUGUAUAAGAACAGACCUGUUAUCGGAUGCAUAUUGACUCAUUUUUACAGCUAAAACUGUUUAUUGCAUGUUUGCCCAACCAAAAGGAGCCUUUCCAUUCAGGACUUGCGAUACUUGAGUCUUUUUUUUUAACGAUUUAACGAAAAUGGUCCAAAAUAUGCAUGAUUUUUUGUGUACGUGUGUAUGUUGCAAUAUGUUUAAGGAGAUUGCUUGUAAAAGAGUGAGAAGUGUAGAUGCUUGUGUGAUUGGUAGUGCACUUUAAAGUGUAAAGACUGUCCAAAAGAGCGAGCUAUAUUGUAUAAAGUGAAUGGUGAAGGCAGUCUGUCGAUGUCUGUUUGUUGUGGGGUAUUAGAUGGCUCCAAGACAUCUCGCUCAGGGCUGGGACUAACCUCCAGUUUGCAAUGCAUUGUGUGUAAAUUUUGGCAUCUUGAUCCUUUAUUGGUAGACCUGAUCUGCUGGUUUUCAUUUUCUUUAAAUCCUUGAGCGGUUUAGAAUGCAUAUCAUAACAUUUGGAAUGAACAUGCAUGGACCUGCCAAGAGAAUUACACUGAACUAUCUGUUUUCUUAGCAUUCCUUGCGUCCAAUUUCCAAGCCAUACCGUCAAUGCAUGUCAAAUUAGAUCUCUGGAUUUCAAAUUUUAUAAUGCAUUUUCCCUACAAAACAGAGAUUCGUGGUUUGGACUGAUCUGUGAAGUGGAUUCAAAUGAGGAUUGAUUUGCACAUACAUUAUGCCGAAGCAUUGCUUUUCAACUCGACGCUGGGACAGCACAGCCUCAAAGUCCCGUCAACAACUGUCUUAUAACCACAAUGAAAGGAUCCCAACUUUUUACAAAUUGUUUAUAUUGCACUAUUGAAGUGUUAAAAUUGUUUUGUAUAAAUUUGUCAGUAAAAAAAUAAAUAAUUUGUCUAUUUAUUGCAUAUUGUGUAUUUCAAAGUAGUCUCCGUGAGACUGGCUUUGGCAUUGUUUGAAUAAAUCAAGUGCUAAGGAAACACGUCUCCAUUGUGCUUAGUUCUAAUGUGACAUAAUCGUAAUAAAAUGCAGUCGUUAUUU